AGUCGUCAUCAGUACAGUAUAGCCAAGUUAGAAGAAUAACAGCGAAAUAAAUCAUUAUGGGGAAGCCUGGCUAAUGAGAGUGCUUUAUUGGAUAUUCUCGAUAGAGAUCAUUCAGCUUUGCAACCGACAUCACUAACUUUAGCUGCUGUCAACUCUAAUAUCUAUGCCAGAAGACAUUCUGCACAUGCCUACUCAACCACAGAAGAACAUGCGAAACACACGGCAACAGUCCAGGCACAAAUGCCCAUACGUCCACCGCCAGUACCAAAAAGAACUUUGCCAGUUACAACAAAUUCAACCCCGGCUACCAAUACGAAUAACAUUCCUCAUAACCAGGUAAAAAUAACAGCACAUACAAAGCCAUCAGAACCUCCGCCGCUACCACCAACUCCAAAAUGCCGUGCACUACCAACAAUCUUUUCAGACUCCAAACCCAAACCACCUACUCGCCAGCUAUCCAAUGAUACCAGUAACAUUAACCGAAGGCUUGAUGUUAACCGAAAUGCCUGCUCUAAGCAAAACUGCAAGUCACCUACUUUUAAUUUAGAUAGUAAUAAAACCCAGCAUUCCAAUAAACUACCUCCCCAACCCGUAGGACCACCCCCUCCAGCUCCCAAAACGCAUAAAACUAAUCCCCCAAACAAGGUUCAAGGACAACAUCCCCAGGGGAAGGUCUCCAUUAGACAAGACUCUAGUGUAUCCAGUGACAGCUUCAGUCAAACGUCUUCUCCGAGUUACACUACGAAAACUAUGGAGACUCCUCUACUGCCUCCAAAAACUCCAGUUAAACAACAGAACGGGGGCCUGCUUCCCAAAGCCAAGACCCCGGAAGAAGAUCCUAAUGGAAAUUCCAUGAUAACCAAGAGUGCAUCUACGCCUGCCAGUUUACAGACCAUUGUAAGGUUCCACAACGGUUCCAACAUGUCUCUACACCAUAGGAUUAUUCGGGACAUAAGGCGUCCAUCAUCAGUUUAUACCCAUAGGCUUAAAUUUAGAUUUGCUCAAUUAGUCAUCAACGCUAUAGCUCUCUUUGCUAUUGGCGCCGGUAUGGCGGCUUAUUUUAAGGCAUAUCCAACAUCAGUAAAAGUUAUCAACAAAUCAUUGAACGUCAGCACCACUCCCAUAAUCGUGGAGAAGAAGAGUGAUAACCCAGCACCUGGGAUUUGCUUACCAGUAAUUGUCCAAUUCUGCAAACAACACAAAAUACCGUAUAACUUCACCGUAUUUCCGAAUUACAUCGGACACUUCGGACAAAGGGACGCCGAGCAAGAGCUUGAAGUGUAUGACGCCGUGGUGGAUGUCAAGUGCUAUGAUUUGGCUGCGCUUUUCCUCUGCUCACUCUUCGUGCCCAAAUGCGGUCCAACUGGUGGUGUCGUCCGGCCUUGUAGGAGUUUGUGUUUGGAAACUAAAAGACGCUGUGGAUUUUUCUUAGACGUAUUUGGACUAGCUUUACCUGACUAUCUCGACUGUGAGCUCUUUCCUGAAUCUGCAAACCCAAGUCAGUGUGUUGGACACUAUGAAGUCAAAUUGGCCAAACAACAAGCAGCGAGGCCUGUAUGCGACUUUGGAUUCCAAUGCGACGUAAAGCGUUGCAUUCCGAAAGACUGGCAAUGUGACGGCCAUGUGGACUGUAAAGAUCAAUCUGAUGAAUUGAAGUGUCACAAAUGUGGUCCAGGUAUGAUCAAUUGUGGAGCCGAUAAAUGUAUCACACAGGAGCAUCUGUGCGACGGAACAGUAGACUGCCCGUGGGGACAGGACGAGAGAAAUUGCCUAAGGCUAAGUGAACGAAACGGAGAUGAAGGAAAGGGACAAUUAGAAGUCUACCGUCCAGACCAAGAAAAAUGGGUGCCGGCAUGUGUAGCUCAUUGGGAUGAAAGAACGUCUGCAAAAACCAUAUGCUCGCUACUGGGAUAUUCAGUCGCUAACUACAGUCGUUUGCUUCAAGGUAAAGACAUUCAGUCUCCCCCUGUCUACGACACUACAGCUAUAUGGAGAUUUAAUCAACAUAAAAGACCAAAGAACCUAAUAUUAGAAUUCGGGUCUUGUCCAGAAAAGAACUAUCCCACUGUGCAACUAUCUUGUACAAAUUAUGUUUGUGGCAGAGUGCGUAAAACAUACGAUGCAGGGGAAAAUUCUGGCAGAAGGAGGAAACAAAAACAAAACAGAAUCGUCGGUGGAGUACCCUCGAAACCAGGGGACUGGCCGUUUCUAGCAGCACUUCUUGGUGGACCAGAAGAAGUAUUUUACUGCGCUGGUGUUCUCAUUGCUGACCAGUGGGUACUAACGGCUUCUCAUUGUGUUGGAAACCACUCUGAUGUAAACGGAUGGACAAUUCAAUUGGGCAUUACAAGGCGGCAUGCACAUUCCUUCUAUGGGCAAAAGAUGAAAGUGAAGCGGGUAGUACCCCAUCCUCUAUAUAAUAUUGGAGUUGCUCAUGAUAAUGACAUUGCUCUGUUCCAGCUUUCAUCUCGAGUGACCUUCCACGAACAUCUUUCCCCAGUAUGUCUACCCCCUGCUAACAAAGAACUUAAACCAGGGACUAAAUGCACAGUGAUCGGAUGGGGAAAGAAAGAAGAUACUGGACUUUCGGAAUAUGAACCUGAAAUCAACGAAGUUGUGGUUCCAGUUUUAAACAGGGACCUUUGUAAUUCCUGGCUGGAAAAUAGGGAUUUAAACGUGACGGAGGGGAUGAUCUGCGCUGGAUACAAGGAGGGUGGAAAAGAUGCGUGUCAGGGUGACUCUGGAGGCCCGUUACUGUGCCACGAAAAUGGAGACACUGAAACAUGGUUCGUUGGAGGGAUCGUAAGUUGGGGUAUCAAAUGCGCCCACCCCCAUCUUCCAGGAGUUUAUGCGUACGUACCAAAAUAUAAAAAAUGGAUCGAACAACAGAUAGCAAAGUAUUCUGGAGAUUAGUUAGAAAGAAAAGUGAAACAUUGGGAAACGACAAUAAAACAUUGAAACAAGAUUGAAUGGUACAAAUUAUACAAGGUAAUCUAUAUGAUUUUCUAUGGCAAUUUACACUAAGAGAAAAGCUUUGUAACCUCGAGGUAUAGCUGAAUUUUCUUGUCGUCAUUAUAUCAACAUAUAGGUAUAAAGUAACCAGAGCUACGCACAAUAUCUAGAUUGACCCUUUAUAGUGAUAUCUUGUGACAAUUCACACCUAGUGUUCGAGCGGACCGCCACAUGUGAUUUGAAUUAUACAGAUGUAACAUUUACAAAAUUGUGACAUAUUUUAAAUACUGUUUUUACCGCUGCAUACCCUUUAAAACUACCCUAAUCCAUUAAAGUUAUUCUCGUAAAGUACUAUAAGUAAAUUAUAUGGAUAUACUAACUAUGUACAAUUUAUCAAAAAAAUUGUGCUGUUGUCAGAAAAAUCAUUUAAACGAUUGUCAGAAAAAUCAUUUAAACGAUUUAUGGGUGAUUUAAAAAGAUGAAGGUUUGAAAAAUAAAUGAACCGAAAUUGGUGUUUCAAGAUUUUGAACCACUGAAUUAAGCAUAUUAGGUACUUUUGGCAUGAAUAUUUAAGUUUUUUUAAAUGCCUUUCUCUUCAAUAAUACAAAUCCCAAUUUCCAAAUCCAGUAACUUACAAAUGAAAAUCAUAGGAACCCCCUUUUUUUAAUUGAAGAUAAUAAU